AUGACAAGUAACCAAGUCGAAUCGCGGGAAUACGCUCACCAACCUGCGUUUGACAGGGGCUAUUUGGCAGUCGGCCCUAUCCACAAACUACACUACGAACAGUAUGGCAAAGAGGAUGGGAAGCCAGUGAUCUUCCUACACGGCGGCCCAGGCGGCAGCACCUCGUCCUCCAACGCCAAAUAUUUCAACCCGGACCUCUACCGCGUUGUCCUCUUCGACCAGCGCGGCGCCGGCCGCUCGCUUCCUUCUUGCGAGCUGCGCGAAAACACUACACACCACCUCCUCAACGACAUCGAGUCACUACGCAGUCACCUCAAGAUCGCAAAAUGGCACCUUGUCUUCGGCGGCUCUUGGGGGUCAACGCUUGCGCUGCUCUAUGCCCAGCAGUAUCCCGAGAGGGUUGGCUCACUCGUGCUUCGGGGCAUAUUCACUGUUCGGAAGAGCGAGUGCGAAUGGGCGCGAGGGAAAGAUGGCGCAGCGCGCAUGUACCCAGAGGCGUACCAGCGCUUUGUCGAUUUUCUGCCUGAAUCCGAGAGGCAGAAUCCCGCGGAAAGUUAUAGCAAGUAUAUACUUUGCACUUCUUCGGAUCCGGAUAAGCAGGAAGCAAGACUUGCUGCGGCCCGGGAAUGGAAUCGAUGGGAAUUGACGAUCGGGGCGCUUACGCAUGCACCGUCGGUAUUUGAGAAGCUGAAGGAUGAACAAUGGGUGCUUGGGCAUGCGACGCUCGAGGCGCUUUAUGAGGCGAAUGGAGCGUGGUUGGAGGAGGGGCAGAUCCUCAAGAAGGAGAAUAUUGAUGCGAUGAGGCAUAUUCCUGGUAUACUUCCCACUCUCUACUACUACUGCUGCUCAAGAAGCUACCUGGGUCGGGAGCUAAUGAUGGGGGGCGGGUUGGCUAUAGCAACCAUAGUCCAAGGUCGAUAUGAUCUUGUCUGCCCGCCACAGAAUGCUUGGGACUUGCAUACAGCAUGGCCAGAGUCGCGGUUGAUCUGGAUUGCGGAUGCGGGACACAGUGCGACGGAACCGGGCACGCAGAAUGCAUUGAUCGAGGUAUGUGACGAGUACGCCGGGCUGGAUGUGAGUGAGUAA